CCAUGUUGGAGCUGAAUGAAAGAAGGGUGGUGGGAUGCUGCGUCCGAGGAGCCAGAUUGUGGCCAUAGGAAGCACAGAGUAAAUGAUCACUUACCGGGUCAGCGGAACAAGAGGAGGACCUGGGAGGGGUUUGACACUGGCCGGUGAAGGCUGCUUUUUCCAGGAGAGAAGGUUGGAAUACUAUGGCUGCAUCGGUGGUGGGGCGAAGCCUAGCUGCUCUUCUCCUGCUGCUGCUUGUCCCCAUCCCUUUGUUCACUUUCAGCCUGAAGAAGCAGGCAGACGACCAAGAGAAAGAAGGCGAAAACGCCCCUCGUAUGACAGCGGAGGAGGGCAUGCUGAAGCUGGGCUCGGGCAAAAAGAAAAGUGGUGUCUUAACUGGUUUAUCCCGGGAUGCAAAGAGGGCAGGUGCACAAUCCGUUCAACACGUCCGUGAUGCGAGUCGUGAGAGGGGCGAUGGCAUUCAGGAGGAGCUGUGUGCAUACCCUUACCUAUUAACCCUUUAUUUGGAACGAAAACCAUACCCUGGGGACUGUAAUGAAAGAGGCCUGAAGACAGGAGAGAAUAUAUUUCCAGCGGAUCUGCCAUGCGUUUGCUGGAUGAUUUUUCUUAGCAAGCUAGACUGUAAUGCUUCGCACAACUGUCAGAUGGACAGACGGACUCUCCGGGAGCUGUGGACUAUCAUUUCCCCUAUCCCCUUUGAACUGUUGGCUUCAGUGGCUGGCUCUGUGAAACUGAAGAAAUCACAGUUUGUGCCUAAGACUACAAGGGAGCACGACAAGCCAGACGACAUUGCCUUAUGUGCCUGGAUAGUAAAAUUAAAACUGCACGAGGUCUCGAACAGCACUUCAGAUCUCCAAAAGUGCUGUGUGCGUACUUGCUUUAGGGGUUGCUCAAACCUGCUGGUUACCACCAGACAGACUUGCAAGUUGUGUAGGAGAAGUAUGCUGAAGCCUUUUCUUUUGUGUUUUUUGCCACCAAAUAUUAACUGUCAAACCUCUUGCCCUAGAAAAAGAAAAAUGAGCUCACCAAAUCGUAAGGAUUACAGAAAUUAUGUUGCCACUUAUUGGUGUAACUGCGCAGUUCAACAGUGUGAUAUAGUUUUAUUUGUGUCCAAAUCAAUUCGAACAUAUCGUUUCUUAACCCCUUUUAUAGGCCCUUCAUUUAUACAUAGUGUUAAAAGCUUUGUGCACAAAAUGAGACUUCUCUCACAUUUAAGAACAUGUUUUAGCUUGCCGUUGCUUUGUAAUGUUACUAGAACUUGUCAAACAUUUGAGAACUGUAGCGGAAUAACAUUAUAUAACCACAGAGAAUUAUACGGCUGCAUCUCCCACCACUGCUUCGCUGUGGCUUUACAGGAGUACAGUUCGUCCGAGAUGGGACAUGUGCUUUGCCACUAUCUGAUUCCGUCUAAUAAUGCAUCUUGUCAGGAGUCAGGGACUGACAGGCGGGAGUUAUUGCAAGGUGUGAAACGGUGUGUAAAGCAAUUUGUGAAUGAGUGUCGAAGGCAGUCUCUAAAUCCCAGCGUGACGGGUGGUGUCUGUGAAACUGGGGACUAUAACUGCCAAAUGACCUCGGAGAAGUCCAGGUUUUCUGUGCCCGUCGCUCGUUUGGAUGUUAACAGAAAGCAGUUUUCCAGCUUUAAGAGUGUACCCACUGACCAUGAAGCUCAGUCAGAAAUUCUGUGUUUGAACGCAUGUUUUUCCUUAGCUAAUUGUAUCAACAUGUGCGCGGAGCAUUUAGAACUACGGGAGGCAUCUUUGUGCACCACUGAUUUUUUACAUCGUUGUUAUAGGACAGGUUUGAAUCAGUCGGAUCUUACAAAACACACUAUUCAUUUAGAAGAGUUUGCAGACAAGUGCUUCAAACGGCAGGUUGAAGUUGGUUUGAGAGAUAUCAUUUCAGCACCAUCGGAAAAGAGGACAGUUCCUUGGGAACUGGCGCAAACGACCUCAAUCCGAACUUCUAGCAAUUUCAAGCAUAGUAAGGCCUGGAAAAAUAGAUAUGACAAAAAUGGCAGUCUGCUUUUCCCAAUAUUUAAUUCUACAAACGAUUGCUUAAAAAAUAUUUGCCCUGGAGUGAAUUUGUGGUAUCAUUACCCAUUUGAUCUGUGUGCUCACUUAAAAUUAAAGCCAGCUAAAGCUCUACAGUCUGAUCCUUUACGGCCAAGACAUUUUUUAUACAGCAGAAACCUUACGCAGAUCAGCAGAAAGAGGGAAAGGAGGAUGCUUACUCCAUUAAUAAGGACUCCAAGAGCAGCUAACCGUCAUCCCCACUUUCCUCAAUAUAACUACCAGGUUCAGGUGGCAGAGAACCAGUCCCCAGGGACUCCUGUGCUAACCAUGGCUGCCCAAGAUCCAGAUCAAGGGGAAGCUGGAAGACUUUCUUAUUCCAUGUCAGCUUUGAUGAAUAGCAAGUCCAUGGAUUUAUUCAGCAUAAAUUCACAAAGUGGCCUAAUUACAACAGCUGCAGUCUUAGAUAGGGAAAGCAUGGAUCUUCAUUACUUUAGAGUCACUGCUGUUGAUCAUGGUAGCCCUCGCCUUUCUGCUACUACCAUGGUUGCUAUUACUGUUUCAGACAAGAAUGAUUUUGAUCCUGUUUUUGAACAAACUGAAUACAGGGAAACAAUAAGAGAAAAUGUGGAAGUAGGGUAUCCUAUCUUGCAAUUGAGGGCCACUGAUUCUGAUUCACCUUCUAAUGCUAACAUCAAAUAUCGGUUUGUAAAUGAACAAGCAGCUCAUGGAGUCUUUGAGAUAGAUCCAAGGUCUGGACUCAUCACCACUAGUGGACAAGUAGAUAGAGAGAAGCUAGAGAAAUAUUCUUUAAUUGUAGAAGCAAAUGAUCAAGGUAAAGAUCCUAGCCCCAGGUCAGCUACAGUCAAGGUUUACAUCACAGUGCUGGAUGAAAAUGACAAUGUACCACAAUUCAGUGAGAAGCGUUACAUUGUUCAAAUAAGGGAGGACAUCAGGCCUCAUUCAGAUAUACUAACAGUUACAGCAACAGAUCUUGACAAAGAUAACAAUGCAUUAGUUCAUUACAACAUCAUAAGUGGUAAUAGCAGGGGCCAGUUUUCCAUAGAUAGUGUUACUGGUGAAAUACAAGUAGUUGUGCCCUUAGAUUUUGAGACAGAGCGAGAAUAUGCUCUCAGAAUCCGUGCCCAAGAUGCUGGACGCCCACCUUUGUCUAACAAUACAGGUAUGGUAAGUGUGCAAGUUGUAGAUAUUAAUGACAAUGCACCUAUAUUUGUCAGCACACCCUUCCAAGUCUCAGUGCUGGAAAAUGCUCCCUUGGGUCACUCUGUAAUCCAUAUUCAAGCUGUAGAUGCUGACUCUGGUGAGAAUGCACGUUUGGAAUAUAGGUUAACAGAUACUUUACCUGACACACCUUUUGUUAUAAACAGUGCAACUGGGUGGAUAACUGUAAGUGCCCAGCUAGACAGAGAAUCUGUAGAGUAUUAUUUCUUUGGAAUUGAGGCUCGAGACCAUGGCACUCCUUUCCUUUCUGCUUCAGCCAGUGUUACAAUAACUAUACUAGAUGUGAAUGACAAUCGCCCUGAGUUCACAGAAAAGGAAUACUUUGUUCGCCUCAAUGAAGAUGCUGUUGUUGGCACAAGUGUCUUGAGUGUGACAGCUGUUGAUCGUGAUGUGAACAGUUUAAUUACAUACCAGAUCACAAGUGGGAAUACCCGCAACCGUUUUGCUAUCAGUACCCAAGGAGGAGUUGGGUUGAUUACCUUGUCUUUGCCUUUGGACUACAAACAGGAAAGACGUUAUGUGUUAACAGUCACUGCUUCUGAUCGUAUGUUGCAUGAUUCCUGUCAUGUGUAUGUUAACAUAACAGAUGCUAAUACACAUCGGCCAGUAUUCCAAAGUGCUCAUUAUUCAGUGAGUGUUAAUGAAGACCGUCCAGUUGGCAGUACCAUUGUAGUCAUCAGUGCUUCUGAUGAUGAUGUUGGUGAAAAUGCUAGGAUAACAUACUAUUUGGAGGACAUAAUUCCUCAAUUUCGCAUCAAUCCAGAUAGUGGUGCCAUCACUUUACAUGCUGAACUAGAUUAUGAAGAUCAGAUGACUUACACCUUAGCCAUCACAGCCAGAGAUAAUGGAAUCCCUCAAAAAUCAGAUACAACAUAUGUAGAAAUUAUGGUUACUGAUGUCAAUGACAAUGCACCCCAGUUCUUAAAUGCUCGUUAUCAUGGUUCUGUCUCUGAAGAUUCCCCUCCUUUCACUAGUGUUCUCCAGAUAUCUGCUACUGACCGUGAUGCUCAUACCAAUGGUAGAGUACAGUAUACAUUUCAAAAUGGAGAAGAUGGUGAUGGGGAUUUCACUAUAGAACCCACAUCAGGCAUAAUUCGCACUGUUCGAAGGUUAGACAGAGAAAGUGUCCCAUCAUAUGAGCUUACUGCUUAUGCAGUUGACAAGGGUGUACCUCCUCAAAAAACACCUGUUCAUAUUCACGUAACUGUGCAGGACGUUAAUGAUAAUGCCCCUGUUUUCCCAGCAGAUGAUUUUGAGGUCUUUGUCAAAGAAAACAGUAUUGUUGGGUCUGUAGUAGCACAAGUUACAGCUAGUGAUCCAGAUGAAGGCACAAAUGCACAAAUUAUGUAUCAGAUUGUGGAAGGCAAUAUCCCAGAGAUUUUUCAGAUGGACAUUUUUACAGGUGAACUUACCGCUCUUAUAGAUCUAGAUUAUGAGGCCAAGUCUGAAUAUGUGAUUGUUGUGCAGGCUACUUCUGCCCCUCUUGUAAGCCGAGCUACAGUCCAUAUUAAACUAAUUGACCAGAAUGACAACAGUCCAGUUCUCAAGAAUUUCCAAAUAAUUUUCAACAAUUAUAUAUCUAAUAAAUCCAAUACAUUUCCUACUGGAGUUAUAGGCAAGAUCCCAGCAUUUGAUCCUGAUGUAUCAGAUCGACUGUACUACAGUUUUGAAAGAGGGAAUGAGCUUCAUCUAAUGAUCUUAAAUCAGACAAGUGGCGAGCUGAGACUGAGUCGUAAAUUGGACAAUAACCGCCCUUUAAUGGCAUCCAUGCUGGUGACAGUAACAGAUGGGAUUCAUAGUGUGACUGCCCAAUGUGUUUUGCGUGUGAUCAUUAUCACUGAAGACAUGCUGACAAACAGCAUUACAGCACGGUUGGAGAACAUGUCUCAGGAACGUUUCUUGUCACCACUGCUCAGUCGCUUUCUGGAAGGUGUUGCCACUGUUCUCUCUACCCCUGUAGAGGAUAUCUUUGUCUUCAACAUACAGAAUGACACAGAUGUGAGUGGAAGUAUCCUUAAUGUCAGCUUCUCUGCACUAGAACCUGGUGGCCAGCAGGGUCAGUUCUUCAGUUCAGAACACCUGCAGGAACAACUGUAUAUGAAUCGAAUGUUGUUGACCUCAGUUUCCAUGUUGGAGGUGCUGCCAUUUGAUGACAAUGUCUGCCUCCGAGAACCAUGUGAGAAUUACAUGAAGUGCAUUUCCGUGCUUAAGUUUGACAGUUCCGCCCCCUUCAUCACCUCUGAUGCUAUAUUAUUUAGACCAAUUCAUCCGAUCACAGGCCUUCGUUGUCGAUGUCCUCAGGGUUUUACUGGAGACUACUGUGAGACUGAAAUCAACCUGUGUUACUCAAACCCAUGCCAGAAUAACGGUGCAUGUGCCAGAAGGGAAGGAGGGUACACCUGCAUAUGCAGAGAAAACUUCACAGGUGACCAUUGUGAAGUAAAUAGUCGAUCUGGGCGUUGUAUACCUGGUGUGUGCAGAAAUGGAGGCACAUGUACAAAUCUCAUGGAAGGAGGUUUCCGCUGUGACUGCCCAUCAGGUGGAUUUGAGAAACCCUAUUGUGAAGUGACUUCCCGCUCUUUCCCUCCUCGCUCUUUUAUCAUGUUCCGUGGUCUUAGACAGAGGUUCCACAUGACUAUCUCUCUUUCUUUUGCUACUAUGGAAAAGAAUGGACUUUUGUUUUACAACGGGCGGCUAAACGAAAAGCACGAUUUUAUUGCUGUAGAGAUUAUCGAUGGACAGUUGCAGCUAAAAUAUUCUACAGGUGAAUCAACAACAGCAGUGACUCCUUACCUUCCUGGUGGCAUUAGUGAUGGUCAGUGGCAUACAUUGCUGGUCCGGUAUUACAACAAGCCAAAGACUGGACCUACAGGUGUGGCUCAGGGACCCUCAAGAGAGAAAGUGGCAGUCCUUGCUGUGGAUAACUGUGAUGCAUCUGUUGCCCUCCGCUUUGGGAAUCAGCUUGGUAACUACACCUGUGCAGCUCGAGGGGUGCAGUCCAGUUCUAAAAAGUCUCUGGACCUAACUGGACCAUUGCUCCUGGGUGGUGUCCCAAAUCUACCUGAACAUUUCCCUGUUAUAAACAGAGAAUUUGUUGGAUGCAUGCGUGACUUGUACAUUGACAACAGACGGAUUGACUUGGCAGCGUACAUAGCAAACAAUGGAACCUUGGCAGGUUGUCACUACAAACAUUCCUUCUGUGAUUCAAACCCAUGCCGAAAUGGGGGCAUUUGUGUUGUCAGCUGGGGAACCUACACUUGUGAAUGUCCAGUAGGGUUUGGCGGGAAGGACUGUGGACAAGUAAUGCACCAUCCAUACCAUUUCCUUGGAAACAGCUUUCUGUCCUGGGAUUUUAAGAACGAGGUGAAGAUUUCACUUCCCUGGUAUCUAGGGUUCAUGUUCAAGACAAGACAAGGAGAAGGAGUCCUUCUGCAGGCACUUGCUGGCCAGUAUACUACCAUUCUCUGCCAGUUGCACCUGGGCCACUUGUUAGUUGUUAUCAACCGGGGUGCAAGCCAUGCUGUGGACCUCCUUUUGGAUCAGGUGCUGGUAAAUGAUGGGAAAUGGCACGACCUUCAGUUGGAGCUGCGAGACAUUCGGAGUGGACGGGAUACACGAUACUUGGUUGCAAUCAACAUUGACUUUGGACUGUAUCAGGACUCUCUGUUUGUUGGAAAUGAGCUAUAUGGUCUCAGGCUGAAGCAUCUCCAUGUUGGAGGAGUCAUGGGAGCAGGAACAGUCCAGGAAGGGCUAGAAGGCUGUAUUCAGGGAGUGCGUUUAGGUGACACAUUCAGUGGAAUGUCAAUGGGAAAACCCAGUCGGAUUCUGAAUGUGGAGCCAGGCUGCAGUGUACCCGGUUCCUGUGACCCCACCCCUUGUCCAGCAAACAGCCAGUGUAAGGAUGAGUGGCAGAGCUAUACAUGUGUCUGUGAUCCAGGGUAUUUUGGCCAAGACUGUGUGGAUGUAUGUAAACUGAACCCCUGUGAGAAUCAAUCAGCGUGUCGACGCAAACCCAACUCCCUACAUGGCUACACAUGUGAAUGUGGAGAUGGUCAUUUUGGACAUUAUUGUGAGCACAGAAUUGAUCAACAGUGCCCCAAGGGCUGGUGGGGGAAUCCCACUUGUGGGCCAUGCAACUGUGAUGUCCAGAAAGGUUUUGACCCAGACUGCAACAAAACCAAUGGCCAGUGUCACUGCAAGGAAUUCCAUUAUCGACCUAAAGGAAGUGAUAUCUGCCUACCAUGUGACUGCUAUCCAACUGGCUCUUUUACUAGAUCAUGUGACCCAGAAACAGGCCAGUGUCACUGCAGACCUGGAGUAACUGGCCGGCAGUGCAACGGUUGUGACAAUCCUUUUGCAGAAGUUACACAAAGUGGCUGUGAAGUUAUCUAUGAUGGAUGUCCUAGAACACUCAGUGCUGAAGUCUGGUGGCCUCGAACAAAGUUUGACCUCCCUGCUGCAGUGCCUUGUCCUAAGGGGUCAUUAGGCCUGCGUGGUCGAGGAGCAGCAAUUCGACAUUGCCAUGAAGAAUAUGGCUGGCUGGAACCAGACCUGUUUAAUUGCACUUCUCCUCCUUUCAGUGACCUUAUGACUCUGUUGGACCGUUUGGAGAAAAAUGAAACUGAGUUGAGCACAUUGGAAGCCAAGAAGCUAGCCCACAAACUGCGGGUAGUAACAGAUCAGGCAGACAGAUACUUUGGGAAUGACAUCCAGAUCACCUAUCGACUUCUGUCCAGGCUGCUGGAGUUUGAGAGCCGACAGAAGGGCUUUGGACUGACUGCCACCCAGGAUGUGCAUUUCAAUGAGAAUGUUCUCAGGACAGACAGUGCUGCCAUUGCUCUGGAAAACAGGGAGCACUGGGAUACACUUCAGCAAGUGGAGAGUGGUACAGCCAAGCUGAUGGAGCAAAUGGAAGAUUAUGCUGGAACUUUAGCUGAAAACAUGAAACUCACAUACCUGAAUCCUGUUGCCGUGGUAACUCCAAACAUCAUUCUCAGCAUAGACCGGGUAGUAAACCACACCCAUAUCCGAAGACGAUUUCCACACUAUCAUAGUGCACCAUUCCGUGGCCAAAUGCCAUGGGACCCUCACACUCAUGUAAUCUUGCCUCCUUCUCUCCUUUUACCACCAAAAAUAGAAGUCUCUCCUACAGCUGAGCUCUCCCACAUUAGUGAUGAGCAGAAUGACACAGCAGAAGUGACCACACCACGGCAGCUUUUACCUGAGUCUGAGCCAGCAGUGACCAUCAUAAUUCUCAUAAUAUAUCGAACAUUAGGGAGCCUGUUACCAGCAAAGUAUCACACUGACCGGAGAAGCAUAAGAUUACCAAAGAACCCAGUGAUGAACUCGCCCAUAGUAACUGUGUCAGUCUUCAACAAUCAUUCCUUCUUUCGUGGAAUCCUAGACAUGCCACUGAUGCUCGAGUUCCGUCUGUUGGAGACAGCCAAUCGUAGCAAGCCUGUCUGUGUUCAGUGGAAUCAUACUAGCUUGCUAGAUCCUUCUGGGAGAUGGACAGUGAAGGAUUGCGAUUUGGUGUACAGGAACAGCACACAUGUUCGAUGCCAUUGUUCACAGCUUGGUACCUUUGGUGUUCUUAUGGACAGCUCACACAGAGAGCAGCUGGAAGGAGACUUGGAUACACUGGCCGUAGUGACUUAUACAAUUCUUUCCAUCACCCUGGUUGUACUUGUGCUAACCUUCUCCAUCUUGAUGUGUUUAAAUGGGCUAAAAACCAACACUGGUAGUAUCCACGCUAAUGUUGUCACUGCCAUCUUCUUCUCGGAGCUUGUUUACCUGCUCGGCAUCAACAAGACUGAAAAUCAGUUUGCUUGCACUGUGAUUGCCAUCCUGUUGAAUUAUUUCUUCAUGGCCACCUUUGCUUGGCUGUUUGUGGAGGGGUUACAUAUCUAUCGCAUGCAGACUGAAGCAAGGAACAUCAACUAUGGUGCCAUGAGAUUUUACUAUGCUAUUGGCUGGGGUGUUCCUGCUAUAAUUACAGGUUUGGCAGUAGGACUGGAUCCCGAAGGUUAUGGGAACCCUGAUUUCUGCUGGAUUUCUGUCCAUGAUAAGCUGAUUUGGAGCUUCGUGGGACCCAUUGGCAUUGUUAUUGUGAUGAAUGGACUAAUGUUUCUGGUGGUUGCAAGGCUGUCCUGUUCACUGGGCCAGAAAGAAACAAAGAAGAAAUCUGUUCUUAUGACAAUAAGGAGUUCCUUCGUCCUACUUUUAGUCGUUAGCACGACCUGGCUGUUUGGGCUGAUGGCUGUCAAUAACAGUGUCUUGGCUUUCCACUACCUCUUCAUUGUCCUCUGCUGUGUGCAGGGCUUUGUUGUGCUGAUGCUGUUCUGUAUUCUGAACGAGGAAGUACAAGAAGCCUGGAAACUGAUCUGUUUGGGUAGGAAGAGUAAAGGAGAAGAUACCGCUCGACCACCACAGUUAACGGGUACAGGGCCUUACAACAAUACAUCACUGUUCGAAGAAAGUGGCUUACAUCGCAUCACUCUGGGAGCUUCCACGGUUUCCUCUGUCAGCAGUGUGAGGUCAGCACGAACCCACUCUAGUCAUAGAGGUUUUCUAAGAGAAAACAUUCUGGUUCGCCAUGGAUCAGCAGCAGACCAUAGCCUUCUGGGACACUCAGGACCCACUGACCUUGAUGUUGCCAUGUUCCAUCGUGAUGCAGCAGGAGGUUGUGGCUCAGACUCUGACAGUGACCUUUCCCUGGAUGAGGAGCGCAGCCUCUCCAUUCCUUCCUCUGAGAGCGAGGAGAAUGUCCGCAUUCGGGGCAGGGUCCAACACCAUGUUAAACGAGCAGCCAACAGUGAGCGCCUGCUUACCAACCCUGUGCACACCACUCCUAAAGAUUUUGACGGUAAUGAUCUGCUGUCAUACUGGCCUGCUUUGGGAGAGUGUGAUGACCAUCCUUGCUCUCUGCAGAAAUGGGGGUCUGAAAGGAGGCUUGGCUUUGACAUCAACAAGGAUGCUGCUAAUAAUAAUCAACCUGACCUAUCAGCAACCAGUGGAGAGGAGAGCACCUUAACGCAGCCACACAGACAGAGGAAAGGAAUUUUGAAGAACAGACUACAGUAUCCACCUGCUAUACAAGGGUUUGCUUCCAUGGGGAAAAUGACAAAUGAGUUAUCCUGGUAUAAAACAUCCACCUUAGGCCACAGAGCUGUCCCUGCAGCUUCUUAUGGCAGAAUCUAUUCUGGGGCAGGAAGCCUGUCUCAGCCAGCCAGUCGUUAUUCAUCUCGAGAACAGCUUGAUGUGCUGACAAGAAGACAGUUAUCUAGAGAACAGCUCAGCAGGAAUGCUUCAAGAGAACUAUUAGAUGUGCAGCACAGUCGGCAUGGAUCUAGAGAGCAGCUGGAUACAAUACCAAGUAGGCAUGGAUCUAGAGAACAUCUCGGUACAAUACCUAGCAGGCAUGGUUCUAGAGAGCAUCUAGAAACCAUACCAAGCAGGCAUGGCUCUAGAGAACAUCUAGAAGCAUUAUUAAGUAGACAUGGAUCAAGAGAAAAUCUGGAGUUAACAAGUAGCAGGCAUGGCUCCAGAGAUCAACUGAAUACUUUACCUAGAAGACAGGAAUCUAGAGAUUUUCAAGACAAUUUAACUAGUAGAUAUGGAUCAAGAGAGCAGCUUGAUCCAGGACCUAUGAGGCAGUUGUCCAAGGAAUGGUUAAAUACAUUGCCUACAAGGCAAGUAUCUAGAGAUCAGACAGAAAUUUUGCCAAAUAGACAAAUUUCUAGAGAACAUUUAAAUACUCUUUCUAAGAGACAGUUGUCUAGGGAGUACCUGUGUCCUUCACAACAAACAUCAUGGGAGCAGCUGGAUGCAUUGUCUAGAAAACACAACUCCAGGGAGCAUCUAGAUCAAGUGCCUAGUAGGCAUCCAUCCAGAGAAAAUCUAGAGCCUCUUUCCAGAAGACAGCCUAGCAGAGAGAACCUAGAAAGCCUCACCAAUCAACAGCCGUCCACUGAGCAGUUGGAUAUCCUAUCUUCUAUACUUGCUUCUUUCAGUUCUUCUGUCCUCUCUCCAGCACAAUCUUCUAGCACUCCCUCUGCCCCACAGACUACAGUCACACCCUCAACAGUCCAGAAUUCUUCAACACCAUCUGUGCCAUGUCCAUCAACACCUCACUCUGCUACGUCACACAGUAUCUCAGAACUCUCUCCAGACUCAGAGAUAACAAGAAAUGAUGGACACUCCUGAGGGAGGCACCUGUAUUCCAACAAGCAUGGAGUCUGCGGUCGCCUGCCAGUGCAAGCCGCCUCUCAGCUGAACAGCUUCGACAGAUGUCUGGAAUUGGGUGCCACCAAGCCAGACCACCUGGAAGAAACACAGGCAGCAGAGAAGGCCAGAGGACAAAAGGCACCGAUGAUCCCAAGGGGAGCCAGACGCUGUGCAGUGAAAACCAGUUACUGUAGAGAGGGACAAUUAUCUUAAUAUCACUAACUGCUUUUCCCCUCUCUCUCUCUCUCUCUCUCUUUUGCAAUCUUAUAUAUAUAUUUAAAAUGUUAUGGACAGAAAGGACUCAACUGAGGGGCAUUAAAAGAAGAAGCAAGACAGUUUUUCAAAUAAAACAUGAUAAUUGCAAGAUAGAUAUACUCACUGGCAUAUCAGAUAUAUAUCUUCCUUUAAUAAUAUUCAAUAUCAUGGGUGAGGGAGGGGAAAGCAAACUUUUUAUACAUUUUGUAUCUUUGUAAACAGAGAUGAAGAAAUUUCUAUCUUAUUAUUUUUACCAGUUGUAUGUCCUUGUGAUAAUGAUGGUUUUGACUCUGUAUGUCCUUGACUUCUACCUGAAGUAGUUUGAAGAAUUGCUGUUUUCUUAAAGGGACAACCAUCAACAUCAGACAAAAAAGUAAUUUUUGAAGUGCUAUAGAGGUCACUCAAGAGGCAGUCCCCAAAGGCAAGGUCAGGUGCCUGUCUUAGAGUAUAACAAAGCAAAAAAAAUGAUCACAUUCAGCAAAGGGGUGCUAUCUGCUUGUCAAUGGGGCGUCAGUAUUUCUCUUUUAAAAAACAAAAGUAAUACUAUCAAAAUUAAAACAGAAAAACAAGUUAAUGGUUAAUAUCAAAUGUUGUAUAAAUUAAAUUCAACAUCAUCAAAACUUGCAGGCUUUGAUUCAAGCAUGGAAUGAGUUUUCCUCCUAAACAGUAAUAUUUCAUUAUGUGCCAGGAUUGACUUCUUGUUGUAUUCAGUAAAUGGCAUCUUGUAGGAAUCACCACUGUCAAUAAACUGGAAAGACUUCCAAAGCUGGA